ACACUUCUCUCCCAUCAUCAUUUUCACGAAGCUACUCCAGAGUGCUCUCAACUUGUUACCUCCUAAGUCUCACCAUCUAUCCUCAUGCACGCACAUCACAUAUCUAGUUCCUGUGACGGAGCAAUUCCAUCACAUCACCAAGUCAAAAGAACCCAAUUGCAGCACUCCUUUCUAAUCAGGGUCCAUAGAAAAAAGAUGAUCCGACCCUAGGGUUCCGAAGACCUGGACAACGUCUAAUCUUCCUCAGCUAGAUAAAUAAUCUUAUCUACAGCCCUUCUGUGGGAAUUUUCCUUUAUGUAUGAUUUUUCCUUUCUUCCCAACUUCGUUCCAAUCAACCCUAGUAGACGCCGUUUCAGAGCUGUAAAAAGACUUGAAACAUCUUACCCUUGUCGAGGGUCCACGGGAGAUCGACCGAAAUGCUAUUGGACGACUUUCGUGUUUCCAGGAUAUUGUGGUCCCUAAGCCUGAUCCAGUUCUCGGCGAGAGUUGUACCAUUGCUUGUUUUAUCGUGUGACUCAUGUCUGUCAGGUUUUGCAGACGUGUUGUUGAUCUUUGAGACUUGGCUAGAACAGUACGAAAGCGAGAAGUGCUCGCGAUACGAGCAAGUCCUCAAUCUACAAGGCUCCUAGCUUCGUUUGCCUCCACCUCGCGACUCAUGCUCUGGCAAACAUAUCCCGCGGAACCCGGUUUUUGUGAUUUCCACGGCUGAUACCUUCUAAUCGCCGCCUCAAUAUCCCCGGCAGCUGGCCUCGCCCGCUUUGGCUCUGCUCGCAUCUGGCGUGAUACACUCCCUAUACACGCCGCGUCUGUAGAAAUCAUCAAAAACGCUCGGCUCUUCGCGAAGCAUUUAUACGCUAGUCGGAUCGGACGGCUAUGUUUUCAAAAGACAUGUCAUCUUCGAGGAGCGAAGAACAAACAGUCUCACAUCAGAAGAGAUCAACCGCAAAGAGUCAGGACGAAGAAUAGAUGAAAUGGGGCCGCUUUCCCACCCCCCUACCUGCGAUGCAUGCGUCAACAGCAAGCCUGGC